ACACGCGCGGCAGUUGUGGGUAAUAUUCAUGGCGGAAUUCUGAAUCUGCAGUGGAGAGACACACCUUCUACUUUUCUCUCUGGAUAGUCGAAUAGUGGAAUUAACUUACAUCUUUACCUCUUGUAAAAGUGAUUUAACGUCCAUAUAUUUGAAGGAAUGGCUGAAACAGGCUCAGAUCAAGCUGGCGACAUAAAACAUGACAGCAUUUCCUCCCCUGGGAUCUCAGAUCAGGAGAAGGAGAUGGCAUCCAAUGCUUUUGAGGCUUUUAAGGCUGGAAGCUAUGACGAGUCCCUGAAACAUCUUGACAGCCUUCAGGAGCUUAACAAAGAGGACUACAAGAUUACAAUGAAUAAAGCGAUCACUGAGUUUUAUAAAAGUGGGCAGGCAACAUCUAGCACCUUGAAGCAGACGUUAAUGACCUUGAAGAAUCAGAUGCACACAGCUGUGGAUGAUAUUGAUGGUUUGGAUGAUGUUGAGAACAGUAUCCUCUACUACAAUCAGGCAGUGAUUCAUUACCAUAUGCGACAGUAUUCAGAAGCUAUAUCCACCGGGGAGAAGCUCUACCAGUUUCUUGAACCUUUUGAAGAAAAGUUUGCUCAGGCCGUUUGUUUCUUGUUGGUGGAUCUAUACCUGCUCACCUUCCAGCCAGAGAAGGCACUGCACCUGUUGGCUGUCCUGGAGAAGCUCACUGUGAAGGAUGGGAACAGCAAAAAUGGGAAAGGAGAGAGCACCAACAGUACAAAUAAGGAAUCUACUUCUAUGAAAGCAGAGUUCACGGCUAUGAUCGAAGCAGCUAAAUCAAAGAUGCACCAGUAUAAAGUACGAGCCUACAUCCAGAUGAAGUCACUGAAGGCCUGUAAACGGGAAAUCAAAUCUGUGAUGAACACAUCUGGAAAUUCUGCGCCUUCACUCUUCCUGAAGAGUAAUUUUGAGUAUUUGAGGGGAAAUUAUCGUAAAGCUGUGAAACUCCUCAACAGUUCAAAUAUUGCAGAGCAUCCAGGACCCUUGAAAACAGGUGAAUGCGUGAGAUGUAUGUUCUGGAAUAAUCUCGGUUGUAUCCAUUUUGCCAUGGGGAAGCACAACCUGGGUCUUUUUUACUUUAAAAAAGCUCUUCAAGAAAAUGACCACAUAUGUGCCCAGCUUGGUGACGGCAGUAAUGGGCAAGCAGCUAAGAAGUUCACAGGCAUCCCCAUGUGUGCUCUGUUAGCUAAUAAGCGCUAUGAGCUGCUGUAUAACUGUGGGAUUCAGUUACUUCAUAUCGGUCGACCGCUGGCAGCGUUUGAGUGUCUGAUGGAGGCGGUGCAGGUGUAUCACUCCAACCCUCGACUGUGGCUGAGGCUCGCAGAAUGCUGCAUCACAGCUAAUAAAGGGAGCUCGGAGCAAGAAACAAAAGGUUUACCCAGUAAAAAGGGGAUUGUGCAGGCUGUUGUUGGGCAGGGCUAUCAUCGCAAGAUUGUUUUAGCAUCACAGUCCACACAAAACACCAUUUACAGUGAGGGCCAGUCAGCAGCAAUCCCAGUGGCCAGUAUGGAGUUUGCAGCGAUCUGCCUGCGUAACGCUUUGCUCCUGCUCCCAGAGCACCAACAGCACGACAGCAAACCUGACAGUGGCUCCAAGAGCUUCAGUCAGUCAGGCAGCACAGAAAGCGGCAGCGAGACCGGCGAUGCCUGCAGUGGGAAGACUCAAGAGGGAGACAAGUUCAUUCCUGCUGCCCCCUCAUCACCCUUGAGAAAGCAAGAGGUGGAGAAUCUCAGAUAUUUUGUACUGGAAAACAAGACAAAAAUACUGUGCUCAAUUCUAGCCUGUAGUGCAUAUGUGGCUCUGGCUCUUGGGGACAACUUAAUGGCUCUUAACCAUGCAGAAAAGCUCCUGCAUCAGACAAAGCUGUCAGGAUCGCUCAAGUUCCUGGGUCACCUAUAUGCAGCUGAAGCCCUGAUCUCUCUGGACAGAAUCUCUGAUGCCAUUGCACAUCUCAACCCAGAGAACGUUACUGACGUCUCGUUAGGUGUCUCGUCCAGCGAACAAGACCAAGGUUCUGAUAAAGGAGAUCUGGAGCCUGUGGAGUCCUCAGGGAAGCAGACACCUUUGUGUUACCCCAGCUCAGUAAGUUCUGCCCGGGCCACAAUGCUCUUCAACCUGGGCAGUGCGUAUUGCUUGAGGAGUGAGUACGAGAAAGCCCGCAAGUGCCUCCACCAGGCUGCUUCAAUGGUGAACACUAAGGAGAUUCCUCCAGAAGCCAUUUUACUGGGUGUCUACUUAGAACUGCAGAACGGAAACACACAGCUGGCCUUACAGAUCAUCAAACGGAACCAGCUCCUCCCGUCUGUCAAGCCCGCCUCCUCCCCUGAUCUCCGUAAGAAACCACUUCCCUUCCAGUCAUCCCAGCCUGUACAGCCCAUACAGACCCCCUCCUCCUUUACACAAGUACAGCGCAAAUGAUUCCACUUACUCGAACCCCCAAAAACAUGCACAAACACAUUUUUUUUAAUGUUAUUUAUGAGGCUGCAGCAACUCAUGAUGGAUGGAAAAAAACAAACAAACAAGAAACGGUUGUCUGUCGCAGUCUGUUAGAAAUAUGCUUGUGUUUUGGGGUCUAUGAAAUUAUAAAUAAAUUUUAUUUACACAUAUUAGUGGUGUGACAUUUAUGCGGUCAGUGACACACUGCCAUAUAUGAAAUUAUACAGAUUAUGAGUAAAUUAUUUCUGCAAAGUAAGAUUGAAAAUCUGCAUGGAGCCCAUAUAUCGUGAUGAGAGAGAUCAUGUGGUUGUCAAAAAUCAAUGGACCAAAGGUCACUGUUUAGAUCUAACUUGCAUAAAAUCAUGGACACUUGUCUCUGACAUCAGUUGUGGCAGAAAAAACUCUUAAAAAUGUAGCUUUUAAAUAUCUCAGUUGUAUAACUUGAUUUUCUUCUCUACUGGUGCAUAAGACUCAAAUAAAUGUCCUGAUUUGUGAA